AUGAGCCCCAGCAUCGCCGUCCAGUCCAGCACAUCCACCCAGAUCCCCCUCGCCUCCCCCGACGCCCGCCCGCCGAGCGCCCGACGCCCGUCCUCCGCGACCGUCGCCCGCCCUCCAUCGCCACCCUCGCCGCCCCUCCCACGCGACCUGCAUUAUGCCCAAUGGCCGUACUAUUCUCCGCCGCCCGGCUGGGUAUAUGCCCCACUCGCGCAUGACGACCCGGACGCUCUCUGGCGUUCGUUCGAACCGGCGCAUCGUCGGUCUCUCCGUACGCGCGACGAGCAGGACGCGUGCGGCCACCCAUUCGGCUUUCUCCCCGCCUGGUCUCCCGAAUCUGGCGUCCGUCUCCACGGCGGCGUGCACACUACCUCCGGCGCGAGCCCGUUCUUUGCAGACGUCCCCGAGUCCGUCGCCCACGCCAACGACGAUCCCGCGUUCGCCGCGUACACCAAAGCCCAGAUGCGCGCACCGUGCGACCCGACCUUUCCGCUCGUCCAUCCCGCGCUCGCGCUUCACGCCGAGCACCAGUAUCCCGAGCUUCUCUGGGACCUCACCGCACCGCUCGACGCUGCCUCGCUCUCGGCCCUCACCUCCUCGGCCCUCAUCCCGCUCGCCUCCCUGGAGCUUGCCACCCCCGCCUUUGCCCCGCCCCUCCGCUCGAUCCGCAUCCGGCUAGCCUGCGCGCCCUCCCUUGCGUUCGACCUAGCCACGCCGCGCCCCCGCGCGAUCGACCUUCGCCUGCUCCUGCUCGAGCUCGCCUCCUUCCUUCAGACGCAGCGUCUCACCGUAGGGGAGUACCAAGCCCUUGGAUAUCGUACACGACACGCCGUCGCCGCCGAGCAUCAGCGACGCAUGGGUUCCAUGAUAAAAGCCCCAGCGUUCGGUGACACGCCGUAUCUCAUGCGCGAUGUCUUUGGUAACCACCGUUGGUUUCGCGGGUUGGAGAUGCGCUCCCCUUCUGAGUGGUGGUUGCACACCACGACCCGCGACCGCUGCCGGCCGGAAUCACCUACACCGAAGAAGAAGGAGAAAUGGACCGAAACAUUCAUCGUCAAAGACGGUUAA